AUGUUACAAAUUUCCGAAACUUCGAAGGCAAUAACUGAAACAUCAUACGAAUUUCUGAUUUUUAAUGCUUUAUACGUUUGGUUAGACGAUAAUGAGAUGAGAUUGGAAGACAAUCCACACGCAAAGCCUUUACUUAAAUUUUCACCAAAAUUUAUUGAAUUUAUGAAAUGGGAUACCGAAGAACAACUUGAUCAAGAUCCGAUAUACCAUGGAUGGAAAUCCAUUUAUAAUUCAAAACAAAGGACUGUAUCAUUCAGUGAUAUGGUACGUUUCGUUGUCCUUCAACGAUAUGGAGGAAUUUAUGUGGAUGCCUAUCAAUGGAGUUUCAAGGAAGAUUAUAACACCGCUGUAUUACGACUUCGUGCAAAUAGUACAACCACUAGGAUGGUAAUUGAAGGUACAAUUCAAAAUCAUAUGAAAUUUCAUCCUUUCGACAUCAAGAAGUAUUUUUGGAAUCAUAAACAACCAAAAUCAAUUUUAACACCGAAUAUCAAUGUAUGGUACGAUGUAUUUAGGCCUGACUUGGCCCCAAAUGAAUUUAUAAAUGUUGAGCCGAUGGAUGCCACGCCUGCACUACGUAAGGUUGAUGGAUUUUUCCCCGGCGCAUUUACUUAUCAUUGGCAUAACAAUUGGAAAACUAAAAUUCUUCCAAAUUCUUGGAUGGGAGUAUUACAAUCCGCUUACGAUGAAUUCUUGAAUGGUCAGCAAUCUAAUAUCUAUAAUGAAUAUUUAGAGUUUUAA